AUGGCUUCAGCACCUGAGCGAAUUAGUGUCAAGCGACGUCGCGUAGACGAACCAAUUAAUCAUCUUGUGUACCAAAGCAAAAAGCAACGAACUACAGACCAUAUUUUCGUCAGACUUGUAGCAGAGGAGAGCACAAAACCAGUUGUGACCACUCAACAACCACCAUUACAUGCUGCCUCGAAACCGGGUAUACCAACACCUGGAGAUGAAGUACGGGACUUCCAAAGAUACAGGGCAGCACAAGCCUUGCGUGAUAACCCAUAUCUGGCAAAAGAUUCCACUCAAUCCUUGUCGUCCGCCGAAAAUGGCACGAGUCCACGACGCUUUCAUCUGACACGGGAUCUUUCCAUGAGCUUUCGACCUGUGGCUGCAAAUGGCAUCAGGAAAUCGAAGCAUACUCUUCGACCUCACUUGCCAACGUUCAUUGAGCGGCCCAAGAUCAAUAAAGACGAUUCAGACAUCGAGCUCAAAUCGCCGGUAGAUCGUGUUGUUCGUCCUGCAGGUCGAGCUUCAAAGGAUGUCUUGCCUGAAGAGAUCCUAUCAAACUCGGUCAACGUCGAGAAGAGUGAUAUACCGACUUUCCAUAAACCCAAAGCCAAUGUGGUCAAAACUGGCUGCUCAAUUCGUGAUGAUCCAGCGACGUGGGAUCUUGAGUCGCAUCAACUCGCCAACGAACUCAUGGCUUUGGCCCUUGACAUGGAUCCUGAAGCCAAGGCUGCAUACUUUGCUGACCCCGAAAACGCGAGGACCGAAUCAGAUUCGGACAGAAUGGUUGUCGACGAUCCUAACGACUACAUCUACGAGACGUAUGUUCGUAUGCAGCAAGAUACAGUUCGGACCUGGAACCUUUCCACUCAGUCGGAUUCCUUUGGCUAUCUUUACAUUGACGAUGAGGACGAAGAUUUGUGGGAUCAGUAUCUACGUGAUGAAGAUGACGAAGACGACGAUUGGAACGAAGAAGACGAAGACUCAAAUGCUGAAGAUAAUCCCCGAAACGAAUACCCUGACGAGGAAAUCAGUUCGGACGACGAGUUCGGUACCAACAACUACAAAUAUCGUCGUUAUGGUUCAGACAACGAGCAAUACGAUGAGGACGCCUAA